AUCCCUGGGUUGUUUACACGCAGGCAGGUUGAAGUGGAGAGAAAAUGUCUCUUUUUCUGCUAAUUAAAUCAGUUCACGAUGACCCCUAGAUUAAUGGCGAAGCAUGGAGGUACGUUUGUGAAGGUUCCCAUUUCUCACAGUGAUGGAAGGAAAGAGGAGGGCCAAGGCAGAUAAGAGUCACGUGGACAGCAAAGGGGAUCCAGGAGGGCAGUCGGGGAGUCCAGGAGGGGGCUCGGGGGCACGGAGGAGGAAGGCCAAGGGGACCAGCAGCGCGAAAGGGAGUGCCGAAGGGCGGCCACGUUCGGUCAGGAUGGUACCCUACAUGUCUGACGAAGAUGACACCAUCGAACUGACAAAUAUUGCUUCUCAAGAUUCCUGGAGGUACAAAAAGGUGGUGCCAGCGCUACUGGGUCUGAAGGGAAAUUUAGAAAUGACUCUAGCGUCUCGUCUUUCCACCCAUGCCAACUUGGGUCACCUUGACAAACGGGAAGAGUGCAUAUCCAUGAUAAUUGGCAACCUUGCACUUAUUCAGGUAAAUGAGGAUCUCUCUUCUUUUCUUUCUCAUUUUGUUAUUGCUUAAAAGGGAUGGUUCAUGUUAGAUUUAGAUUUUAACUAAGUAAUUGUGAUAUAUUCUAUAGCAUUUAUGAAGUCUGGAACAACUGCAACAUAUUGCAUUUCUUUUGGAGAUUUCAGUUAUGUAUCAGCUUUCCUGUAAAUAUAUUGUAUUUGUGGGCAUAUUAGAUGCACUCUAUUUCAGCUUGGCAGUUUCACAUAUUUUUGUGCUUUUUCUUAGCUAUUUAUUUUAACACAUGGGUCAUAUGCAGUUAAAUGCAGGAUAUCUUUUCUUAAAAAAAAGAAAAAGAAAAAGAAAAUAAAUAAAUAAAUAAAUAAAAUAAAAUAAAUAAAUAAAUUCUAGGAGCAUCUUUCAAAACAUAACAGGAGAAGUAGAUUUGUACAAGAAAUGGGUUUUUCUAUGUUUUGGAAGAAAAUAGAUUUGAAGAUUGUUAAAUGCAUUCAGAAAAUACAAAAUCUUUCUACAUCAGUUGCAUAAAUUUUAUAUUAUUUAUUUAUUAUUUUUUUCUUCUUCAUUAAGCCAGUUGCCCUGGGUGGUAAAAAUACAUGCCAUGUCCACUUUAAUUCUAUUUUAUUAAUUGUCUUUACAUAGAGAUGGCUUCACAAG